GCGGAGGUGUGGACGUGCGCGCCCCCGCGUCUUCCUCUUUCUCGGCUCCAUCUUCGCCGUACCCGGAGCGGGCGCUACCUUUCAGCCGCCAUUAUGCAGCUCUUCGUCCGAGCCCAGGAGUUACACACACUCGAGGUGACCGGCCAGGAGACGGUCGCGCAGAUCAAGGCCCAUGUAGCGUCGCUGGAGGGCAUCGCCCCCGAGGACCAGGUGGUGCUUCUGGGAGGCUCGCCCCUGGAGGAUGGGGCUAUCCUGAACCAGUGUGGGCUGGAGGCCCUGGCUACCCUAGAAGUAACUGGCCGCGUGCUUGGAGGCAAAGUCCAUGGUUCCCUGGCUCGUGCUGGGAAAGUGAGAGGCCAGACUCCCAAGGUGGCUAAACAGGAGAAGAAGAAGAAGAAGACUGGCCGGGCCAAGCGGCGGAUGCAGUACAACCGGCGUUUUGUCAACGUUGUGCCCACCUUUGGCAAGAAGAAGGGACCUAAUGCCAACUCCUAAAGCCUUUAAAACCCUGGCUUGCUCUAAUAAUAAAGCCAUGUCGCCCCAGGCA